UGACCAUCAACGCUGAGUCUUAUCAUUUAACUUUAAAUAUAUAUAACGAAACGGUAGACUGGUGUGAAUGUUACGUCUAUCGACUCUACUAUCACUCAAUAAAGCCCUACCAAAAUAUUCACACCCUUAUCUACCCACGCACUUAACUAUCAUUCCUCAUCACUAUGGGCUUAAACAACGUCCGCUCAAGCCAUGGUCUUCUCACUCGAGCAGGAGACGGAAGCGAAAUACCAUCGGUCAUUCCCGAGUUCGGCAAUCUUCCCAUUAUCAUUGUCAGCUACAAUUUCGAUCAAGACGACUUGGACCAGCAUGUCCCACUACUGAGAUGCGGGCACAGCGACGUCUGGAUGCACUUUUUGAACUCGGGGCCGAGAGGCCCGGGAGGGACGGGAUCUACGAGAACUACAACUUUCGGGCAUGCAGAUGAGCCGUGGAAAGUCCCCAAGAUCCAUGUCAGUCAGGGACUUUGUAGACUCCAGCCCGGAUCUCUGCUAGGAGGCGGGGACGGAGAGCAAUCAGGAGCUCCAGAGCUGGCCUACAUUUUGGUUUUCCAAGGCCGCAGUGGAGCUAUUCGAUCGAACCUCGUUUUGAGAUCUAGCUUAGAUCUGGCUGGGGCUGAAAUGUUUCACAUGGCUGCGAAUGGCUUUUCCGUCGUGUUCAGCGGUGCCAUGUUGAAGAAGAAUUUGGAAAAGCGGACGGAUGUCACCUAUAGCUUUGAAAGGGUGGACAAUUUGGACGAGCUGCAAGCUGUUGAUUCUGACCAGUUGAAGAAGGUCAUUGGUGUCCUGUGUUAAGAUUCUUAAUCUUGAGUGCGGUUCGCAACUGCAAAUGCUAAGAAUGAUAUUCAGAGCCACA